CGGCUGGGAGGGCGCUCCUUCAGAGCGACCUUCUUCGGUCUCGCUACAAGCGACGCAUUAGGCGCUCCGGACCCGCUCUCGAUCGUUGUUGGCUCCAUCCCGUACCACCGCCGGAGUCGCCGAGAUGACCGGCCUCCAUGACGAGCGCGCCACCGGCGAACCCCGGAGAUCCAAGCGGUCCAGGCCGGAGGCGAAGGCGGCGGAGCCUCCGGCACGCCGAGGGCCACGCUCCUCCGCCCAAGCGUCGAGCUGCGAGGGUUGCGCGACCAUCUUCGCCCCCUCACGGCCAUCGGGAUUCGGAGGAUGUGGCCGUGGCUCCUCCGCCCGCACGCCGCGUGGAGGCCCCGGCUCCCCGCCCAAGCCCGAGCACUCCGCCCCCCCUAAUUGGCAUCGCACCGCAUACAGACUCCACAACCGCGUCGUCCGGGAUACCAGCAACCGCAAGCUCGCCCCCAGUCGCUACGACAACGGGAUAGAAAUUAAGCAUGAUCCAACAUGGCAAACUCCGACGUGUGCACGUGUGGCUUUGGAACACUACAACAACAUGAAUCAGCAUGUCUUUGUCUUCAAUGGCAUCUGGUUCCAUGCAAAUUUCCUUGCUAAGCGAAAAGGAGCCACCAACUGCGUUGAUCUCGUCCCCAAGUACUUCUUUGCUGAAUUGGAAAUCGUGGGGACGAAGAAACUAUCUUGUGUUUCAUGUGUUAAGCUUGACCCAGGUGAUCCCAAAAACAUUGGUGGUUGUAGCCUGUGCUAUGAGAAUAUCAUGCAUCCUGCUGGGGGUGGAUACCACGGUGCCCAACCUCGAUCUGUUCGACAUGCUCCUGGUGGCCAACAGAUUUCAUUCAAGUUCUGAAUGUUGGAAACGGUAGAAUCGUCCAUCACUAUACUAAUAUAAUAU